AUCAGUCCAUAUCCGUACACCUACGUCAUCAACAGUCCUGAGAAAUGCAGCGGUGGUGACGUCAUUCUCGUCGUCAUGGUUACCUCGUCGCCAGGAAACCACGCCCAGCGACGCGCCAUUCGGCAGACAUGGGGUAACGACACUAGCAUACCUGGUAUCAGAACGCUAUUCGCAGUGGGAACAACCGACAAAGCUACGACACAAAGAGGACUGGACCACGAAAGCCAAGCCCACCAAGACAUCAUCCAGGGGAACUUCAUCGAUUCGUAUAGAAAUUUGAAUCUAAAGACCGUCAUGUGUCUGAAGUGGGCGUCAGAAUUCUGCCCCGGAGCGAAGUUCUUUAUGAAAGCUGACGACGACACGUUUGUGAAUAUCUUUACCUUACUAAGAGAUCUGCGGGGACUGGGUUCAAACAAGACAGAGAGAUUUGUGAUGGGUUGGAUAUACAACACCGGAGGGAAGCCGAACCGCACUCCCGGGAACAAGUGGUACCUCAGCCGGCAAGACUAUCCCAGGGACACGUUUCCCAAAUACCCCUGCGGAUUCACUUACGUCCUUUCUAACGACAUCACGGGCUUGCUCUACCAGGUGUCGUUGACCUUGAAGUACCUGUUUCUCGAGGACGUGUUCCUGGGACUCUGUUUGGAGAAACUGGGCGGUGUGACCUUCGCGCACGACGAACGCUUCAAGCUUUGGAUGGAAUUUCCAUCUUGUAGGAGCGAUAAAGUACUGGCCGCUCAUUGGUUCAAAAAGGAAUUUUCCAUGCUGGCGGCGUGGCGCAGAGUCACUAGUUGCUAG